AAUGCCAAAAGCUGUUAAUGGAUCAAUACUGUGGGCAGUUGAGUCGAAUAAAUACCCUGUCCUCACCUCCAUGUUCACAUCGGAAAAUAGCUCAAGAGAUACAGAGAGUCGUCUGGUCGUCAUUUAUAUAUUUUUUAAUGUACAUUUAUUUAACCUCGUGACAGGAAACAUUAAAUGCAUGCUACUCCAAGGAAAUAGGCGUUUAAGAUUUUUAUGUGUAGGUGAAAAAUACAAAUAUCUCAACUUUUCACACUAAUUUAGAAAGUUGAUUUGAAGAUAUGCAAGCUAUUCGCCACUGCGGGGUGUGUUUGGCUGGGGGACGUUCACAAAGUCGGACAAACUUCCUGCAACCCGGCACCAACAUGGCGGCACUCAGGAGCGUAGCAUGUGUUGGUUUUCUCAGGAACGCUGCCAGGGUGGUGGGUGGUAGCCGGUCCACGCGCCAGGGCGUGGCACAGCUCCCCGUGAUGGUUCGGAAAAACUGGAUAUCAUUCAGUGUAGGUGGCGGCCUGUGUUCCGUCCCUUUUUCACAGCAAGUGGAAAGCCUUUCCCACGAAUCCCUGAUCCGUAGGGCAUCUUCUCUGGUGGCCGACAGCGCCAACACCUACCUCUCCCAGACCACGCUCGCUCUUGUGGACUCACUUACACAGUACUCAAAGGCUCUGCACACGCUUAUCGCUCUGCAGAAGCGAUACAUGAACUCAAUGGGAAAGAUCACUCCCGCGGAGGAGGACUCUAUUUGGCAAGUGAUCAUUGGCCAGCGCGUGGAGGUGGGCGACAGGCUAGACGAGUGCAAACGAUUCGAGGGAAACUGGAUGAACGCCAUCCACCUCUGUGAGCUGGCGGCCGAGGCAGCCUACAGUGCUGGUGUCGAGCACGCCUCCACCACCACGCGGUCCAACCUGCAGGUGGCGCAGUCGCAGGUGGAGCAGGUGCGCAAGCUCUCCCUGGAUGCGGAGAGGAAGCUGGCCGAGACCAAGGUGGAGGAGAUCAAGAGGACGGCGGCGUUCGCCAACGCCAUGGAGAGGAUGACUGAGGACAUCCCAGAGGCCUACCUUCGAGAAGACUAACGUCUCACCUGCCCUGUUCUGUACCCUACCGACGAGAAGAGCAUCACCCCACUGAUCCAGUCCUCUCCUGUCUAUAAGAACACCAGCUCACCGACCUUAGUUCUGUUAGUCUUGGAGAAAACAAUGAGUAAAAUGGAGAGGCUAUCUCAGGUUCUAGUAGAGCUAUCAGAUCUAUUUGUUACAGAGGGGUUGAAUAUGCUGUUGAGUUCCUCUGGGCCCAUAUGUUGACUGUAUGGAAACAAGGAGCGUUUUCUAGUGUUUGUGUGCCUAAGACACUCGUCAGUCACAUCCUCUUUCUAGGCUGUUGACAGUGCCUCAUGGAUUUGAGUGUCAAUUAUGAACUUCACAGUGAAAGAUAGAGUAUUCUUCAUAUUAUUUCAGGAAUUCAUCUGUAGUCUCCUUCGAUAUCUGACCGCACACAGGGGAGUACUGUUUGGAGUUGAAUCAGUAUGAAUAACCUGGUUAUGAAAAAUUCCUCUAAUCAAUUUUGGAAUGGCAUGGACUUUAAAGUUGAUACAACUGUAAAUAUGUUUCUGUGUCUAAUUGUUUCCGAAAUUGAGUGCUGCACAUCACAGAGAAUGUGAUGAAGCAUGAUUGUUUUCUCGGUAUGUUCAGUUAAAACACACCUGUUGUUAAUUCUAUUGUUAACAUUGUUAAUUGGGGGCAACUGUGUGUAGCAUAAUGGUUAAGGAACUGGACUUGUAACUGAGGUUUAGGUGCAUUUCCCAGGUUGGACACUGUUGUUGUACCCUUGAGCAAGGUACUUAACCUGAAUUACUUUAGUAAAUAUCCACCUGUGUAAACAGAUUGAUUGUAUGUGAAGAAUGUACAUCAAGUCCCUGGAUAAGUGUCUGCCAAAUGUAAAAGCCCAAAUACUUAUGGUCUCAAUUUUCUGAACACAAGACUGUGACAACAGGAUUUACUAUCAUGUGUGUGCAUGAAUAUAAAAAAACCCCUGUUAGAGAAUUGUGGUCUUCCAUUAUAUUUCUGUUUGUAGAAUGUGUUUAGAAGCUGCCUUCCUCCCUGUUACACGUGAAUCGAGUAUUUAAAUGUACAAUUGACUGAAUAUCAAAUAAAUUAUAUUUUCCUAA